AUGACAGUUGUUUACGUCUGCUGCGCUCCUCUCUCCUCUGGUCGUCUCUCCUCUGCUCGUCUCUCCUCAGGUCGUCUCUCCUCAGGUCGUCUCUCCUCUGGUCGUCUCUCCUCUGGUCGUCUCUCCUCUGGUCGUCUCUCCUCAGGUCGUCUCUCCUCUGGUCGUCUCUCCUCAGGUCGUCUCUCCUCUGCUCGUCUCUCCUCAGGUCGUCUCUCCUCUGGUCGUCUCUCCUCUGGUCGUCUCUCCUCUGGUCGUCUCUCCUCUGGUCGUCUCUCCUCAGGUCGUCUCUCCUCAGGUCGUCUCUCCUCUGGCCGUCUCUCCUCUGGUCGUCUCUCCUCUGGUCGUCUCUCCUCUGCUCGUCUCUCCUCUGCUCGUCUCUCCUCAGGUCGUCUCUCCUCUGGUCGUCUCUCCUCAGGUCGUCUCUCCUCUGGUCGUCUCUCCUCAGGUCGUCUCUCCUCAGGUCGUCUCUCCUCAGGUCGUCUCUCCUCUGGUCGUCUCUCCUCAGGUCGUCUCUCCUCAGGUCGUCUCUCCUCUGGCCGUCUCUCCUCUGGUCGUCUCUCCUCUGGUCGUCUCUCCUCUGGUCGUCUCUCCUCUGGUCGUCUAUCCUCUGGUCGUCUAUCCUCUGGUCGUCUCUCCUCUGCUCGUCUCUCCUCAGGUCGUCUCUCCUCAGGUCGUCUCUCCUCUGGUCGUCUAUCCUCUGGUCGUCUAUCCUCUGGUCGUCUAUCCUCUGGUCGUCUCUCCUCUGGUCGUCUCUCCUCUGGUCGUCUCUCCUCUGGUCGUCUCUCCUCUGGUCGUCUCUCCUCUGGUCGUCUCUCCUCUGGUCGUCUCUCCUCAGGUCGUCUCUCCUCUGGUCGUCUCUCCUCAGGUCGUCUCUCCUCAGGUCGUCUCUCAUCUGGUCGUCUCUCCUCUGGUCGUCUCUCCUCUGGUCGUCUCUCCUCUGCUCGUCUCUCCUCUGGUCGUCUCUCCUCAGGUCGUCUCUCCUCUGGUCGUCUCUCCUCAGGUCGUCUGAUGAUGGCGGCGUCUGCUGGAAACAGCAGCGUUCUGGAGGAGGAGCUGACGUGUCCCGUGUGUCUGGAUCUUUACCGUGAUCCACACCUGCUGCCCUGCGGUCAUAACUUCUGCCUGCCCUGUCUGCGCAGACUCAAGAGCCGCUCGGACCGCGGCCGUCUGCGAUGUCCCGAGUGUCGACAGAGUCACCGCAGCUCCUCCAACUGGCAGAAGAACUUCAAGCUGGCCAACAUCGCUGACGGUUUCCGGCGUGGAGACCGAUCCGAGCCCUGCCCCCCGAGCCGGAGCGACCAGGUUCACUGUGAUUACUGUCCCGAGGACGCCAGCCGAGACGCCAAGGGUCCAGCCGCGGUUAAAACCUGCCUGAAGUGUGAAGUGUCCAUGUGCUCUCAGCACGUCCAGCCUCAUCUGGAGCUGCCGGCGUUCAGAGAGCAUCCGCUGGUGGAGCCGCUCGGAGACAUGAGGACGAGGAAGUGUUCGGAGCAUGACGAGAUGUUUCGCUACUACUGUCUGGAUGAGCGCUGGUUCCUCUGCAACGCCUGCACCAUCGAGGGAACGCACUCGGGACACGCCAUCAAAACACUGAAGAACGCCAUGAAGGAUUUCAAGGCCUGUCUUGACAUUCAGCUGCACAAGACCAACAGAAAGAUCCUCAAAGCAGAAAAAAAUCGACUGGAACAAAAAGAGAUUGAACGACAAAACAAGGCCUACCGCGACGACACCAACCAACACCUGGAUGCUUUCAGAGAGACGUCUGUUGCACGCCUGGAUGCUUUUCUGUCCUCGCUGCGUGACUGUAUCAGCUCUCGUGACGGGGAGCAGUGUUCGGGAAUCCAGCAGAACCUGAGUCGAAUAGCACAGGAUCAAAGCCGUCUGCAGGACGUUCACUCGGGCGUCCAGAGGCUUCUACAGGAGAGCGACGCUUUCCACUUCAUCAAGGUACAUCUACACACAAGAACUGAACUAUUAACAUGA